CUUAUUUACAGCUCCAGCACUGGUAAUUUUUUUAAAUUGUCAUCUAAGUUAUUAAAUUGACAUUGUACGUAAAAGUUGGUGAAACGAAAAAAAUAGAGCUUGAUCUCACAAAUAAUUUCAGAAACUAUGAAGAAAAUCAACUUAGUUUUAGGUCCAAAUCAGCCGGUCUUAAACAAUCAAAAAUCAAAUUCUACCAUAAGAACUAAAAAAUUAAAAUUUCUGAAUCAUUAUGAAAUUAAGUUAGGAUAUUCUCUAACUAUUUUGUCUCUUGUAACUUUUCUCUCCGACGCAUCGUUUGGGCGUGAAAUCUCUGAGACCUUUUGAGUGCUCACUUGGAAUGGAAUCUUCUGGCUUCGCCGGGCCCCAACUGCAGAGGUUUUUGUCGUUCGUGCGGGGCCCUGGUUUUUGGCUGUUGCGUCACCGAAGAAAAAACAAACACACUGUGUAGAAUAUGCAUUUCGCCAGGCGGCAAUUAGCCUUCAAUGCGUUACCGCCGCUGGUCGGGCUAUCUCAAUUUAUGAGUAGUUCAGCCACCCCACAAAGUAAAUUUCGCCACACAGCGAAUAUCCAGUCCAGCUUUUGGGUUGUUUAUUGACGGGGUGUUUAAAUUUGAAGUCGUGCAUCAUCUCUUUCCAACCUUGCCAUCGUUCCGAUCCUAUCUAGUGAGGUAUAAGGCGAUGUCAGCCAAAUAUGAUCUUCCCUACUAUGAGCUUCCUGGGGGUAGGGCAAUUUUUGAUCUCUCAACCAUGUGAUUGAGCGGCCAACGGCUAAAGCUUAAACCAAUCGUUAGAUAGAAGCGUGGGAACAAAGUAAAUGUUAUUGCCAAUCAAAUUAUUUGCUCGUUGAAAGUUUAAUAAAAUUACAAUUUACAUAUUUUGUUUUGUGUUUCUGUAGAUGUGAUAAAUUAAUAAACACAACUUUAUUCACAUUCUGUUUUUUUCAACUAUGUCCGAAGUUCAAGCACUAAGCAAACCAGAAACAUUCAUAUUUUAUGUACAAGUUAGCAAAUGCAUGAGCUGUCAAUGUUUCGUGUACACGACUCCAACUCCUUCAUUUCUUCCUUGCAAUAUUCUAAAAGUUCAUCGGCAUGUUGGUUUGAUUCCAAAUACUCAUUGAAUCCAGAAACCGCUAGGUUAGCUUGUCCUUCUUACGUAAGAAAUGCGAAGCAAAAACCUGCAAUAACAAAGAGGACCUGGAAUAAAUCUUUCCUACUAGUCUAAAAUAAAAUUUCUGAAUACUUUCCUACCUCGAGGCCCAUCUUUUGGCAUAUUUACUCCCACCUUAAUAUCUGUAAUUGAGAUUUCAUCAAACAACAAUUUUUCAAUGGGGCCAACCAAAUUCGUUAAAAAGAGGGGAGGAAGUGAAAAUAAAUUUCGGCACGUCAAAAUCACAAACUGUGGGAACAACCCGGGAAGUUUUGAAAUAAAAUGAUUCAGUGGAACGAUACUUUUGUCUCUGAACGUUGAACAACCACCCGAAAUCUCCCGCAGUCGGUUAAUAUUAUUUGUUUCCAGCAACGGUAUAGGAAAAACUCCUCCACUUCUAAACGAAUUUAUAUAUAUAAGAGUUCAAUGUUACACUUCAUUCAUCUUUUACUGUCCUAUGUUGACAAGUAUUCUUACACGUAAUUUGGUAAUUUAUCUGGAUGAUUUGGCAUCGGCAUGGGACACAUUAUUCCUAACUUAUUGGGAACAUCUUGAUUAUAUUUGAGCAGGAAUCGGCGAACCCCACCAGAAAUUAUGGCAACCAAAAUUGAUGUUAGGUCGACAUUGUGCUUCAUUCUGAUAGCUUUGAGGUCAACCAUGGGAAAUUUUAUAGUAGCGUGGAAAAGUAUUUUGUUCCCAUUGCCUUAAAAUUUAGAAUUAAAUACACUACAAUUAAGUAAUUAAUAAAAAUAAUUUAGUAGAAUCUUCUACUAAAAAUUGGCGGAAUUUUCAAAGGACAUCCAAUUAGCGGGAGCCAAAUCUCUGCAAGUUUGAAUGGUGCAACGCAAAUUGAUUGAAGUUUACUCCAUGUCAUUUUUUCGUCAUAUAUUGAUACCGCUGAUGGAACGGCAGAAUUCGAUAUUUUGUCGAACUUGCCAAAUAAUUGCAUCAACACCUUAAAUCUGCCAUAACCAUCCAUCAGCACGUGAUGAAAUCUCCAAAUGAAGAGUGAACCAUGGCCAGAAUUUUUUGGCAAAUGUGAUUUGGGAACAUUACUUAAAAGUAUGAUUUCCCACAGUGGUGCGUCUUUUCUCCAGCAGCGACAUCUCAACGUCUCGCUUGUUAUUUUUCUUAAGGCAUCAGGGUCAGACCAAUCCGGAAGUGGAAGCUUUGUGUCUGACAAUUUUUUUAAAUUUUCAUUAAAGCGAUUAGAUCAAUUAAUCAAAUAACGUUAUAAGUGAUUAUGUAUUCACAUACCUUCAUAGUUAAUUACAUGAUCCUCAAGUUUAAAAUUUCUAACAGGCUUCCAAAAUAAAUAUCCCAGGAAUAUACGAAGGGAACAUUUUAAUUCAGGAAAUUGCAGAUUUCCUUCGCUGUCUCGUUUUUCUAGCAGAUUUUCUUGCACCUUCUGCAUUACUCGUUCUUUUUGUAUAGCUGGAACGUCUGCUAUAAGGGUCACCGACAUUGUGAGGGCUUUCGUACUAUAAACGUUUUCACCAGCGAGGGAGGUGUCAAACAAUGGAGCUAUUUUCAGACCAAGAAAAAAUUUCCCAAGCAAGGCGACAGUUUGACGAACGAGGUAAAAAAAAACAUAUCCCCAGGGAUCGAAACUGAAAUGACUAUUAUUGUUGUGAUUAUAAUCACAAAUAAUUUGUUGAUAACAUUGCAUAGGCAAUUAAACCCAGAAGUUCCUGAAGUUCCAUAUUUCUUUAAAAAGAAUGAGUUUAAAAUUGCAGGUGCCACAGUACAUAAUUCAAGUUAAUGUAAAUUGUAAUGUUUACGAUUGUCUACAUCUGAGGGGGUAUGUGCAAGCAAAUUUACACAUAGUGGGAUUCUGUACAUAAACUUUGGUUCAAAUAUAUACAUAUGUAUAUACACAGACCGGCCAACAUUAGUUGGUAUGGUGAAAUUUUUUCUACAUCUCCCUUAUAAUUACCCAGUGUGACUCUUUCAUUCAUUCAUUCACUCCGAAGCAAACUAAAUUUGACAAAAGUUUUGACAAAAAAAUUAAAGGAAAAAUUUGGUCUCCCCCAUUUUGGCAAAAAUUUUGACAAAAGUUUUGACAAAAAAUUGAGGUAAAAAUUUAGUCUGGAGAUUGUUUAUGGAGUCGAAUGACAAAAAUUUUGACAAAAAAUUAAAGCAAAAAUUUGAAACAUUUCUUUCAAAAUUCGCAAAUACUUAAUUUGCGUUGUUAUGUUUGUCGUUAUGGCGAACUCCCUUUCUGCACAGAAAACGGUUUCCAUCCUCCCUUAUAUAACCCCAGUGUAACUCUUUCAUUCAUUCAUUCACUCCGAAGCCGAAUAAAUCUUGACAAAAUUUUGACAAAAAUUUUGACAAAAAAUUUAAGGACAAAUUUUGCCUCCCUUAUUUUGACAAAAAUAUUGACAAAAGUUUUGACAAAAUAAAUACAAAUUGUGCCUAUUGAUAAGUCAUGAGGUCGAAUGACAAAAGUUUCAAACACAUCAGGUCAAUCUGACAUUUUGCUGAGUUUUAAUAGUCUGACGGGCCUUGCGCCAUGCCCGUCCUUGGACGGGCUUGGCGACUAGUACGAAAUAAAUAUGUAGAACCGAUACAGAAUCUGUAUUCAAUUCAGAUAAGUCGAUCCCCCAACGAUGUCUUAUGAAGGUUUACCUCACAUACAAAAUAAUAAACAUAUUUAGGUUAAGUCUAGUCUAGGUUAGGUCUAGUUAAUUGUACAUCGGUCAAUACAUAGUCGAUAGACUUUGUGAUAAAAGCUUAAGGUAAGAAUGAGUAUCAUAAAUGUUCUUGAGACAGAAAUCUCACUAGCAAUUUAUUCGUUUCCGACAAUACAUAUACGUUUCUACUGGUCAUUAAUUCCAUGUGCGGUUGCGUUUAAUAAAGAAAGUUUUUUAUAUUCAUAAUUACUUAUGAAUCCCAAUUGGAAACAAAAAAAGUACUUAUGAAAACCUUCUGAAGCUAUACGGUUUAUACAUGAAAAGAAAGCACGAUUAAUUUUGUCAAAAAAUACCAGUCAACCAGCGGUUACGUGGCAUUGAGUUUGGAAACUUAUAAAUCAGGAGUCGUGGAAAGUGACCCAGAAUUAUACCCUAAAGUAUAAUUGCCCUAGAUACCAGAAAAUCUAGAAAAAAAAACUACUACAUGUGUCUAGAAGUAAUGGACUGCAUUUGAGCAUAGUUAGAAAAUUCAUACUCGAAGGGUUUACUUAAGAUUUCGAAUCAAACUCAAGUAAAUUAGAGUGCCCCCCCCCCUCAGUAGCUUUGUUUGGAUUUUUUUAGAUAUAUGUAAAUUGCAAGCAAGGUAGACAAACCAAGAAAUGUUGUAGACAACUCUAUCGUAUAAAAUAAUUAUUGAUAUUAUUGUCGCUUAUCAAUAAAACGAUGCCAAGACACUAUCCUGGUAUGCUUGAAAUUGAUUCAUAUAAUAAUCUGUGGUGCGAUUUUUUUAUUGCUUUGUAUAAAUCGCAAUCUCCUUACCUUUAAUAUAUAAAACUAGAUAUUUCUCAAAUAUUAUGAAAACAUAUCUAGUGUAAAGAAUCCAAGUGAACCUGGAUAAAUCCUUGCUUGAGUAAUUACAAACUUAUAGAUCCUGAAUGAUUAGAAAUGUUAAACUACCUAAAUACAUACUUAUGUAUUAAUUAGCAAUUUGUAAACCUAUUAAAGAAUUUAUUGUGGUACGUAUUUAUUUUGUUCUCACAAUGUUUGGGCUAUUAAGAUACACACAUUUCGUAACCGGGCUUCCCCAUCACGGGUCUGCUGGAUGGUAAUUUUUUAUGAUAAAUAUGCUGGGAAAUUAGUGUUCCAUACGUACUGACAGUAUUGUUGGCAUACAAUAUUUGUUAGCUAUUCAGUGCGUAUUUUUUCUCAAUUGGGCAACAUGGAUAACUUAACCUUACUUGGAUUUUUUCUAAAUGGCUUAUAUAUCAUAUUUGCCAAAUUAUUUAUAAUUUCAGUCACCCUAACCGUAAUUAUACUAUCAUUGCCUGUAAUAGGGGUUUUCUCUGUCCUUCGACAAAUUGUCGCCCUACUCGGGAAAUUAUUAAUCGGACUAGAAAUCGUGCCCUUGUUUGAUAGUCACAUGGCGGCCGAAGACAUUUAUGGCAUCGAAGCACUAUCCAUGACAGUCAGUUUAGUUGGAAACGCUCCUGUUAUCGAUAAAUCAGAUAUUAUAGAUAAAGUGCGCGACAACCUUCUCGAAAAACGGGAUAAGAGUGGCAAUCUACAAUUUCCUGAAUUAAAAUGUGCCCUUCGGCCAUAUCUUGGCUACUUAUUCUGGGAACCUGUAAAACGUUUUGACCUUGAAAGACAUGUUUUACUUUAUGAAGGUACAGGUCUUCCCCUCCCAGAUUGGUCAGAUCCCGACGCCAUGAGAAAAAUAACCAGCCAGACGCUGCGAAGUCGAUGCUGGAGGAAGGGGGCUCCACUUUGGGAAAUUAUAAUUCUAAAUAAUGUUCCACGAUCACAUUUGCCAAGAAAUUCUUGUAAUGGCUCAAUCUUCAUUUGGCGAUUUCAUCACGUCCUAAUGGACGGUUAUGGCACAUUUAAAGUCUUAAUGCAGCUAUUUGGCAAGUUUGACAAAGUAAAGGACUCAGUUGUUCCGACAACACUGUCAAUUUAUGAUGGCCAAAUUACUUGGGAUAAAUUUCAAUCAAUCUGUACAGCACCAUUCAAAAUAACUGAAGUAUGUCUACCAAUUGUCCGGUGUCCUAUUGCACUUCCAGCGAUUUUUAAAAGUAAUGGGAACAAAAUACUUUCCCACGCCUCCCUAACUGUUCCAUUAGAUGACAUUAAAGCUAUCAGAAAGAAACAUAAUGUGGACCUUGCAUCGAUUUUGAUUGCUAUCAUUGCCGGUGGGAUUAGACAAUUUCUCGUCAAAUAUGAGCAAAAAAUUCCAAAUAGGUUGGGUAUAAUGUGUCCCAUGCCCAUGCCAAAUCAUCCCGACAAGUUAACAAAUUACGUAUGCGGAGGAGUUUUUCCAAUCCCUUUGCGGGAACAGAAUAAUGUCAAACGGCUGAAGGAAAUAUCGGCAAUAAAUCCAGUCUUGAGAGAUAAAAGCGUCGUCCCACUAACCCAUUUUGUUGGAAAGCUGGCGGGAGUGUUCCCUCAGUUUCUAUGGAUAGCGUAUAAAACCAUGUUUCCGCUUCCUCCCCUUUAUUUCUCUAAUUUGGUUGGACCUGCGAAACCACUGGUUCUUGAUGAGAUGAUAAUCUUGGAUAUUAAAGUGGGCAUAAAUUUACCGAUGAAUGGACCCCGAGGCUUCUGUUUUGCAUUUCUAACAUACGAUGGACUAGCCACUCUCGCAGUUUCUGCAUAUAAUGAAUAUCUGGAGUCAAACGAGCAUGCAGACGAACUGCUUAAAUAUUGUAGAGAAGAAAUGACGGAUUUAGGGUUAUGAAAAUGAGUGCAAAUGUAUCGGGAAUAAAUCAGACAUUUUACUUA